AGGAAAAGAUCUGGUUUCCUUGAAUGAGCGAUAAAGAUUGAAUGAUAUGAAUUCACUGCAUUUACUGUUGGCCUUAACACUGUCAUUUUAUUACGUAGAUCGGAUAAUUUCAACAGAAUUUGAGGAUCCGUAUCAAGUUUUGGGUAUUCCGCACAAAGCUACCAUCAAGGAAAUCAAACAUGCUUAUAAAACACUAGCUAAAGAAUGGCACCCAGACAAGAACGAGAAACCGGAUUCACAUGAAAAAUUCAUGGCCAUCACACGCGCUUAUGAAAUUCUCUCAGAUCCAUUGAAAAAGGAGCGCUACGAUAAAUUUGGAUCAUUUGAUGAUCCGCCAUCUAGUCAUUCAUAUACGCAUCAUCCAUUUGAUGAUUUGUUUGGCUUCGGUUUUGGUGGUUUCGAUAAUGGCAACUCUUUUUUCCAAAAGCACCGUGUCUCGAUGCGGACAUUUUCGCAUACAUUAAUGGGACGCAGCUAUUUUCAACCAAUCAUAAUAUUUGCAUAUUCCGGUUACUGCCAACUUUGCUUCCAUUUGGAACCUAUUUGGCAAAGUGUAGUGAACGAUCUUGAACCACUUGGUUAUGGCAUUGGUACAGUUAAUGCAAUUACUGACAGUAAUUUAUUGGAAAAAAUGCGGAUCUCGCGGUUACCGUCUAUUGUUGUGGUUGUCGAAGGACGAGUUAUUCAUUAUCGAGGCUCGAUGCAACCACUUUCUGCCAAGACCGUUCGUGUUUUUGCACGUGAUGUGAUCCCAAAUACCUUCUUACUUAAAGUUACAAAUCAUGAUGGCUUGCGACGUUUUAUUGAUCAGUGGCAAACUUCGAACAGGAUUUCUGUUGUAAUCUUCGGGAACAAAGAGAAUCCUCGAAUUCGUUACAUGCUUACUGCAAUGAAAUACGCAACUUUUGCUCGAUUUGCUUAUGUAUACCUGAGCGAUCAGAGUACUGAAAUUGUAAAAAUGCGACAAGCUUUAGAUAUUACAUGUUUCAAUUGUGAAAAUAUUCUGAUUUUCAACGAUUUCCCCCAAGAAGGACCGGUUGCUCGUCUUUCAGUUAGCAGUGGUCAACAAUUUCACAUCGACACUAUAGGAGAAUUUAUUGAACGAAAUAAACAUCUCACUCUACCAAGGCUUUCGAGUCAGUCUUAUUUCGAUGAUCUUUGUCCGAUCUCAUCACGAAGCUCGCGAAGCUUUUGUGUUAUCCUUAUGGCGACAGAUUCAUCCAGUGAUCUGUCGCAGAUUGCAUCAUUUCGCAACUUCGUUCGCAAUAGUAGAAGUGAUUUCAAGAGUGAAAGAUUGCAAUUUGCAUAUGUUUAUGUCACCAAACAAAAAGAAUUUGUUAUGACUUUCUUUGAUGGGUUAUCGCCAAGUGAACGAUCUUCUUUGCAGGAAAAUGGACACGGUUUACUGAUUCUUUGGCGUUAUGAUCAGAAGAAAGUUCGUUUUGCUUGGUUGAAAGAACGCUGGUUAAUAAAAGAGAGCAUUAAUGAAAGUGACCUUCAAUUAGAACUGGUAGCGUACAUAAAAGGAGUCACGAAAUUAGAUUAUCAAGCAACUCUUAAACCAGUGUUAGAUGAAUAUCGACCAUCAUGGUUUACUCGCAUUUCACGUGCUGCCGUACGAAUGUUUGAAGCUACAUGGUUUAGUUUGACUAAGGAAGAAACUUUACCGUUGUUGAGUGCUGUAGGAACAUUACUGAUCAUCUUUUUUAUCGGUUAUGGAUUGAGUUACGCAAAUGCACUAGAAGAAAAAUCUCGCAAUUAUGUUUCACAGGAAAUAAAAGAUAACAAACAAACCGUUGAUGAUGAUGACGAUCAGUGGCAUCCCGAAGAUCCGAGUGUCGAGUCUGGAAUUAAUAAUAACCGACUACGAGUACAUAGAAAACAGCGAAAAAUAAUGCGCGAAAUGGAACCAAUGAUGCAUGAAUUGAGAGCAGAAACAUAUUUUGGAAUGAUCAGACUCCUGAAGCCUGGAUGUCGAUCUAUUGUAGUUCUUGUUGAUGAACAGUCAAAGGAUAUUUUGCUACCACAAUUUGCCAAGCAUGUUUGGCCAUUUAGAAACAACAAAACAUUUUCAUUUGGCUAUUUGAUGGUGGAGAAAAACCUUUCUUGGUUCCGUAAACUUCUAGAGCAUACACUACCAGCUGAAAGUGAACAAACAGACGGAUCAUCAAUGUAUGAACGCUUGAAAAAUAUAAAUCCUCGUAAAACGCUGGGAACUGUGCUUGUGCUCUGUGGUUGGAAAUUAUAUUUCAAUAUGUAUCAUCCGAUGCACACAUCGCCUGGGAAAAAACAUUUCCUGGGUUUUGAUGAUGAUGGUAAAGAUUGUAGCAGCGAAGAUUCUGACAUUAACGAAGCAUCGCGCGAGGAGAUCCAGACCCUGCGCAAAGGACAACAUCUAAAAUUGGAAGACGUCCUAAAAGGUCUUCCGAACUGGCUGGAUCGUUUGGUAGAAGGUUCUAUUAGACGAUAUUAUGUACCUGAAUGGCCUAAUAAUCUGCGAUGA